UCACAACAGACCUCCGACCAUGGCGGUCAAGUGGACUGAAUUCACAACUGGAUGCGCUAAGGGUAUACUUUUGGUCCUGAAUGCGUUAUGUAUUAUCGUGGCGGUAUGCGUGUUUGGGUUUGCGGUCGUGGACACCAAGAUCUUGAAGCAGUAUGGCGAGGAGCACGCGGCGGGCACCUUGGCCGGAGACGUCAUCAUCAUAGCGGCCAGCGUCCUGCUCAUCACUGUGGCUAGUUUCGGCUGCUUCGGAGUGUUAAGGAACCAUGUCAAGAUCCUUUACUUGUACGUGGGAUUCCUGCUCAUCAUAGUGAUCUUCGAGCUGAUGACAGCCAUCUUCGUGGCGGUGCAGCGUUACGGGCUUGAGUUCAGGGUGACGGAGUGGCUGAGAGAAGACUUCUUCAGGAAUGUGACCGCUGAGGAGAUGGGACUGCAUGAAAAACUGUGGGACAAUCUGCAGACUGAAUACGAAUGCUGCGGCCUGAAUGGACCCGAAGACUAUCGAGCUAUACAGAAGGACAUCAGCCUGUCUUGCUGUCCUCGAGCCCAAAGAGCCAAGACACCGUACGCCCAGCAGCAGUUGUACAACGUUUGUGUUGAUACCGCCUCCUAUUUCUCCGUUGGCUGUGAGGAUGAGAUUCUGUUCAUCCUUCGCUCUGAUGCUGACUGGUUGCUUGGAGCAGGCGUUCUCAGUUUCUGGUUCGAGACCUCAAGCAUGCUGCUGGCCAUGUGGAUAGCCAACAAUCUGAAGAACAGCGUGCAAGUCUAUAAAAGUACCGUCCGAUACUGA